AGAUUCUAUCUCAUGCUAGCUAGGGUGGUACAAAACUUACGUAGUGCGGGCAGAACUUCGGUAACAGAAAAAAUUUGGAGUUUGGCUUCGAAGGUUUUAUCUUUUAUCGUUUUAUCGUUUUAUCGUGCUGCGGGCGAGGGUCAAGCCUAGGGUGUGCUUUAAAUUUUCCUACCAGCUGUUUAGGUAUUCAAUCUUCUCCGUCCCAUCUUUUCAACGGAGGAGUCUCUGGUCUAUAAAUAAAUCCGUCCCGGUAUACAAAAGUUGGGAUCUGUCAUACGCAUCGACGACAAUAAUUAAGUCAUAAGUUGCUUGACCUGCGCAACAAGGUCGGCAACCCGACGUCAUGUUGUCCAGAGCCCUCGCGCACUCUGCGCGAUUACCAGCGCUCUCAAGAUCAGCCAUAGCAACUCCGGUAUUUUCUAGAGUUUCCAGCAGAGCAAUUCCAAUCAGCCGGACAACUCCGAUAUGGGUGCGAGGUAUGGCCAAGGACCGAUCUCAAAAAGUGCCACCAAGUACGAGUUCAAAUCCUCAGUCCACUCCCGACCAACCUUCACCUAGCGCUGCUCAGUCACAACCUGCGCAACCCUCUGAAGGCGCCGAACCCGAGUCCCCUGCCUCCAAACCCGACUUGAACUCUCUUCCAGAUCUCACGCGAGGUAUUCCGUCAACUCUCGAGUAUGAGACGAGCGGCGCUACCGAUAAGUCGGCGCUUGCAGCCAUCGAGGAUACGCCUGAAACCCAAGCUGGUGGCCGUGGUCGUGGGGAGUUACCUGCGUCUGCGUACGUAAGCUCAACGGAGAAGCGAAGGGCCAAGUUAGCCAAUCGCAUGUACGCCGCGUCGCUCGCACUGGGCAUUGUUCUCUUGGGUUAUCUAGGCCGAGACUGGGACGAGGAGGAAGCCAGAAUGCAUACCGAUAUUCCUAACGGCUGGUCGCUUGGGCUAUGGUGGAAGAGAAUGAUGGCUCGAUUUGGUGACGUUACAAGUUAUUAUAGUGAACCCGCCUUCGAGAAGCUACUACCCGAUCCCGACCCUAUGUUCGAACGGCCUUAUACGCUCUGCCUUAGUCUUGAGGAUCUGUUGGUACAUAGCGAGUGGACGCGGGAGCACGGUUGGAGAGUUGCAAAGCGCCCCGGCGUAGAUUACUUCCUACACUACCUCAGCCAGUACUACGAACUGGUGUUGUUUACGAGCGUUCCUUACGCUAUUGGAGAGCCUAUAGUCCGAAAGCUGGAUCCGUUCCGAUUCAUUGUGUGGCCCUUAUUUAGAGAAGCUACCAAAUAUAAAGACGGCGAGAUUGUCAAGGAUUUAUCUUACUUGAACCGUGACCUUUCCAAAGUCAUUAUAAUCGAUACGGAUCCUGAGCACGUUCGGAACCAACCCGAGAAUGCGAUCUUGCUUAACAAAUGGACUGGAGACCCGAAGGACAGGGAACUUGUAGCAUUAGUCCCGUUCCUAGAGUAUAUUCACACUAUGCAAUAUAAGGAUGUGCGCGAGGUUCUCAAGUCCUUCCAGGGCAAGCAUAUCCCAACAGAGUUUGCUCGCCGAGAGGCGAUAGCGCGUGCUGAGUUCCAGAAGCGGUACGAAACCGAGAAGAGGAAGCGGAAGAGCGGGAUAGGCGCUCUAGGAAAUAUGCUUGGACUGAAGCCGAGUAACAUGAGUCUAAUGGUUCCUCUAGAAGGCGAUAUUAGCCCGAGCGAAGCUUUUGCGCAAGGCAAGAUGCUGCAGGAUAUCGCGCGGGAGAGAGGUCGACGCAACUACGAAAUGAUGGAGGAGCAGAUCCGCGAGAACGGCGAGAAGUGGCUCAAGGAGGAGCAAAUGGCGAAUGAGAAGCUCCAAGCCGAAGCUAUGAGCAGCAUGAAGUCGUCUUUCAUAAACUGGUUCCUACCCACGAAAGAGUCGGGAAAUUCUACCGAGCCUAAGAAAGAGGCGUAGAGGAGUUAGGAAUGCAUGUAAUCUAUGAAAAAUUGUAUGAUAUGGAGAACGCUCAUUGGGGGGCGUCGAAUUGGUCGCAUCAUGGUUGUAUAAGAGGACUAUGAGAACAGCCACUACUACCACUAUUACUACCAUAUUACCCCGGAACGAAACUCUACUCUGAAGCGGCGGCAUCACAUUUGCAUAGGACGGAUCAUAUCAAGAUGGGGGAGAAUCUACUACGGCUACGGCUAAAGAAAAAGGUGCUCAUAUCAUAUCCGAGGGUGUCCCUGGAGGAAAAGGGACAACUCGGAGAAGGGGAGAAAGACGAGGGAUAUACGCCGAGAUAAAACCUAAUCUCUGUAUUAUUGUAGUAUAAGUGAGCAACUCGAGGCUCGCCCGCCCGGCCUCAGAUUGCGGUGUAUAGAAUCCAUCCAGCAGCUUCGAAGGAAUCUUCUGAAAAGAGAUGUCGUCAUGAUGUAAUAUUGUGAUAAAUAUUUUGUAUCGUGUUGUUUGUGUUGCAGUUACCCCUUAAUACCGAAAUAACAGAUAAGAUGUAAAUUUGAUCUCAGAAUUCCACAA